AUGGCCACCACCUCAGGCUUCACAGGCACCCACCACCCCCACGGACACACCGAAUACGCGCCCCCCGUCCUACGCGCCUCGUCCCCCGCCAGCUCAGUCGGCACUUCCUAUGGGCAAGACCAGACAGACCUCUCUGACACUGAGCUCUCUCAAGCCGAGUUUGAAGCAAAGUGGGAGGAGAGGUUACAGUUGAGCAUGCCGAUGAGGAAGGAGAUGGCGGCGGAGGUGGACCCGCUUGUGCCUAGGCCGAUUCAUGAGGUCGAUCGACGAGCAAUGUGCGACGCGAUACUCCACAACCUCCGCCUACACAUCCAAAAACUCGAAGAAAACGAGAUAUUCGAAAGGACAUUGCUCCGCGGGAGCCAAGCUGCGUUGGAACCCCAGCCUACGACUACUGAUAUUGAUUUGUUGAUGAAGGGUAUGAUGGGGCCUGCUAUGUCGCUUCAUCGGAAGAAGGCGGGGAUGAUGGCGCCUAGUUCGCAGGCUGUGACGAAUGGGCCGUGGAAUAAUUAUGGUGUGGCGGUUACGCCGAAUGUGAGUAUGAAUGGGGGUGGGGGUGAGGGUGUUAGUGGGACUACGGUUGGGAAGAGGAGUCGUGGGGAUCGGAGUAGGACUUAG